CCCGCCUCCGCCUCCUCUCGCCUCGCCUCCGCCACCCAUGGCUUCUCGAAACCCUAGCCCCGCCUCCCUCUCCACGCCGCUCCUCUCCGACUCCAUCUCGCCCACGCCCACCACCAACGGCCACGCGGGGCACCAUAACCACGACGACGACGACGAGGAGUCGCCAACGGUGUGCGGCGGCGAUGGCGGAGGAGGGGGGGACCCGUUCGCGUUCCUAUCGGAGGAUCGGCCGGCGUGGUGGUCGCCGCGGGGGGUGUCCCCGGCCGACCCGUUCCGCAACGGGACGCCGGGGUGGUGCGGGGCGUACGAGCUCGUGAGGGCGCUCGUGUGCGCGCCGGUGGCGGCGGCGAGGCUGGUGCUGUUCGGGCUCUCCAUCGCGGUGGGGUACGCCGCCACGUGGGUGGCGCUCCGCGGGUGGGUCGACGUGCGGGAGCGGGCGGCGCAGGAGGGCGCCGGGCCCAUGCCGGCGUGGCGCCGCCGCCUCAUGUGGAUCACGCGGAUCUCCGCGCGCUGCAUCCUCUUCUCCUUCGGAUACCAUUGGAUAAGGAGGAAAGGAAAACCCGCGCCUAGAGAGCUUGCACCUAUAGUUGUCUCAAAUCAUGUAUCAUACAUAGAACCCAUAUACUUCUUCUAUGAGCUGUUCCCGACAAUCGUUUCUUCAGAUUCUCAUGAUUCCAUACCAUUUGUUGGAACAAUUAUCCGAGCAAUGCAGGUUAUAUAUGUUGACAGAUUCUCGCCAGCUUCAAGGAAGUCUGCUGUAAAUGAAAUAAAGAGAAAGGCGGCUUGCAAUAGCUUCCCACGUGUCUUGUUAUUCCCGGAAGGCACGACAACAAAUGGAAGAUUUCUGAUUUCUUUCCAACAUGGUGCAUUCAUACCUGGCUACCCUGUUCAACCUGUUAUUGUGCGCUAUCCACAUGUGCACUUUGAUCAAUCAUGGGGAAAUAUAUCAUUAGGAAAGCUCAUGUUCAAGAUGUUUACCCAGUUUCACAAUUUCAUGGAGGUAGAGUACCUCCCUGUUGUUUACCCACCUGAGAUCAAGCAAGAGAAUGCCCUUCAUUUUGCAGAGAACACUAGCUAUGCUAUGGCACAUGCACUUAAUGUUAUUCCAACCUCUUAUUCAUAUGGGGAUUCAAUGAUCAUGGCUCGAGCAGUGGAAGAUGGAAAGGUGAACUGCUCAAAUUAUAUGGUGGAGAUGGCUUGGGUAAAAGAAACAUAUGGUGUGAGCACAUCAGAAGCAAUGGCACUCUUGGAAGACUUUUUGUGUAUGAGCCCAGACAAGGACGGACGUGUGAAUGCGCAAGAUUUUUGGGCUCAUUUUGGCCUUAAUUGCACCCCUCUUUGCAAGAAGAUAUUUCAGUACUUCGAUUUUGAAGCCAAGGAAUCCAUCACAUUCCGUCAGUUCUUGAUUGGAUGUGCGCACCUCAGGAAGCAGCCAUCGUUUCAGGACGCCUGCGAAACCGCGUUUGAGAGGUGUAGGAAUCCCCUAACAUCUCACAUCGGCAGGGAGCAGCUCGCCGAUGUCCUGCGGUCAAGCAUGCUUGAGCUGAUGACCGAUAAUGGGAUGAUGAAGCUGUUCAAGACGUUGGACGUCGACGAUGACGACGGAAUCAGCAAGGAUGACCUGAUGGCAUCCCUUAGGAAGCUCCCCUUCAUGAUCGCGCUCUUCGCGGGCCGGAUCAACGGGGAAGUCUACAUCGAGAUAGUUUGAUCGACUGGAUUGAUCGCAGGGGAGAGCAAAAAUGGUGGAUGGGAGUUUGUAACGCGGUGGGAGACGACAGACCUCCGUCUGUUUUUAGAGGGAUGGUUUCCAACCGCUUCACCGUCCAUGUAGCUUUCUCAGGCGUGUUGGACUAAAGUGGCUAACCGGUAUAGUGCGCAAUUUUGUUUCAUAUCGUAAAAAUAUAUAUUUAUAUCCAUAGAAAAGCUGUCGCGUGAUGGCACGCUGGAUUGUGCAAUGUGGAUAUGAUACUGUACAACAUUGGUCCAACUGGGCGUGCACAUAGAAACUCUUUUUUUGGUUUGGUUUGGUUUGGCUAACUGGAUGGAUGAUUACAAACUCCUUUUUGGCUAACUGGAUGGAAGUAUCUGUUUCGUAUCGUCCAUCCCAAUAUCAAUCAAUAUAUGUCUUUAAUUUCUUUC